UGUGAUAUUUUCUAUUUUCCUUGGACUGCCUGCUAUUACUGUGCAUGCCCAGUAUUGCAUGUCCUCCUGUUUUUCCGCCCACCGCGGGCUAUACAAGAUUGGUCCGGCCCUCACGUCAGAGUCCCACACCACUCCCAGGAAGGUGGCAGCAUCGGGGCGAACACGACGGAGCCUCCGUGCAGUCAUACCCUGCCUGGCUCGGGCCAGCGGUUUUAGUGCCAGACAUGCCCGCAACCAACCUGCAAUCACGUUUGAGCCUCGCAGCGGCACCGAAUAGAUGGAGGGAGACAAUCCCCAGGAUCCAGUACCCAGGAAAAAAAAAGACGAGAGAGAGAGAGAGAGAGAACCUGGGACAACGCACCUAGUGCGCGUCCUCGGACCGACAGCGACGCCUUUCCAGUCCACGUCGUCUCGCUGCCGUGGGCCAGGCCGGGAUGGAUGCGGGGGUUACGAGGGGGUCCGGCGGCGUGUCACCUCAAAAUAUAACGAGAACGACCCAAGUCCCGAGCCUACUGCAAGCACCAUUCCCAAUGGGUUCUCCAUCUGACGACGCCCACGAGCCUCGGCAGGCUAGACCAGGGUCGAGCUUCCCCAAUUAAUGCAGCCAAAGGAGCGAAUCUGGCAAGGCAUGGGGGGGCUGGCGGUCUCGGCAGUCUGUCGCCUGCCUCUGGACUGGAUGUCACCAUCACGAUCCUCGCGAGUCCAACGGGCUGGCAAGGCCCGGCGCUUGCCUGCCAUGCCACGGGGCCUGGCCAGGGGAGGGAGGAGCUCAGAGCGACGAUCCCGGCCAAGGGGUGGGUUGUCGCCCGUCGGCAAGGGUCAAGGGGCGCGGGCAUCGGGAAAUCCGCUCCAGCACCAUCGCUGGGCGACGCCAGCUGUUGUACUGCGGCCAGCCACUGGCGCACAAAGCCCGGUGCUUGCCACGGCACCACCGCAGCCUGCGCAGCUCGUCCCGGGCAUUUAUGCGCUGCUUGUUGAACCCAUCCCGCCGUGAGCCGGUGACACAUGCAGGACAGGGAGGAGUGGGCGCUGUUGUCACUGCAGCAAGUCCCGACUGAGCGUAGCGGGCGUUUGAGCCCGCCCAUCCACCCAUUCAUCCCAACCAUCCAUCCGUUUCCAUCGAGCACGGACAAUAAACUGCACUGCACAGUACUUUCACUGUCAGCCCACAGGACGCGGCAACACGAGAUUCCUCGCAGUCCGCCUGCCUUGCGCUGUGGAGUGCGGAGGAAGAUGGAGUUUACUAGAGAAUUUGGUGGGGGCAAAGGGCACAGUUCCAGCGAUGGUCGAUCAGGGCAAUUUGUUUGGUUCCGUUAGGGCCGCAGGCUCCGCUCGUCAGUCUCCAGUGGGCGUGCGGCGGUCCAGCAAAAAGUGGCACGGCGGUUGGAUUGGCUCCACGCUGGGAAUUAGCAGGCGACAGGGUCCUUUGCGCCGACGUGGAAACAAGAAGUGAAAAAGACCAGCCAACGCGCCAUCACAAACAAGAAUCAGGUCCAAACCCACAGGGCCAAAGUUAUAGCUGGCAAGGAAUUCUUCGAGGUGCCUUACCGCCCCUUGGCCGAGCAGCUCGCGUAUGCACUUCGCACGUCCUUGCUUGCUGGGUUACUGUUGCCAUUCCCGAAACUUGGUGGCGGUGCGGCGCAUCUCAACGGGAAAACGGGCGAUUGAGUUUGAGAAACAGCUAGGAAGAGCCAUCCCGUAUCGACUGGCGUCAGCUUCCUAGCCGACUCUUGUCUUGGUGUGAGGCCUGUCCGCCGACUCGGCACAGAGCCCCCGAGCGCAACAGUUGAAAGGGCACACACAGCACCCGUUCACGGUUACCUGUCUUCUCUCUCUGCAGCACACCUGCUUUUUCCCCGGCUCGCAACAAGACCCGCAAGGGGGCAACAUCGACCGGACGAACCGCCAUAACCGGCUGGUCUCGGCUCGUCUGGUGUCGUUGGUGUUGGAUAAAGGCAAAGGGAGAAGGGUGCAAAUCUUCACUGGCCCGCGGGAGCAAACGCUAUGGAUUAUAUACGACUGAUGUGAAAUUGCGCAAAUUAAACACAACGUCCACGAUGGAUGGCUGACGGCAGCAAAGCGGGUGGGAGGUGCAGGGGGAGUGGCUCCAGAACGUGGGUUGAGGGCGCGAAAAGCAGGAAAAAAGCUCGGGAAAAAGAAAGCAAGAGACAAAUACGAAAAGAAAAAGGGGAGGAACCAGGAAGAGACAUACCAAUAAACAGAGAAAAAGAAUACACAAGAGAAAAAACAAACGGCAAUAAUUCCUAACCGGGCAGAGGCUCUCUGGCAGCCAGGCCAGAAACGGACUGUGAUCUUCCAUCCCGCUCCUUCCUGCUGCGCUCACUCGCCUCACAUCCCGGUCGUCAACACGGCCCACUCCCGUGGGCAGCAUGAAAGACGACCCUGGACCGGUGGAGGCACCCCACCCUCAAC